GUUCUUUCUUAUAAGGAGGUGGGGGUCUUUUCUCCCUUGAAUGCAGUGAGCAUCCUCCAGCUCCUCUUUGCCGCGUCCAUGGGGUUUGUUUGAGAGGAGUCCACAGAGAUGGAGAGAUGUAUUCCCCUUGGCGUUGACCCAAACCUUAAACAUUUGGAGCUACUGCUUCUUCCACCUAAGAAUACAAAUUGGAAACUAAUUUCAACUUCAACAAUGGGAUAUUGAAUAAUUAUUGAUCAAGCAGGCUGUUUUCUCAUCAGGGAUUUCUUUAAGGUUGCUAUGGGAAUCUUAUGAUAAUCUGAGAGGAAGUAAGUCCUAAUAAUAUUCCAGUUAUUCAUGAUGUGCCUGGAGUGAAGAGGAAGGGAAACACUUCAUAUAUCUAAGUGCCAAGGCUCUGCUGUGUCAUGGCUACAGACUCUGGUGAAUCAGCCAGCACAGAAGAAUCAGAGAAACCUGAUGGAGUUUCUUUGGAAUGUAUGAAUCCUUCUGUUGAUGCUACUUUGACCAUGGAGGCCAGGACCAAAGAGGGGCUUAGCACACCUGCCUCUGGGGCAAUUGUAGAAAGAAAAAGGUUUUUCCGAAAAAGUGUGGAGAUAGUGGAGGAUGAAAAGGACUUGGAACUUACUCCACGGAAUGAGCAAGAACAAUUUAUCUUGGGUGAUCAGAGGAUGAUCCAUCUUUCUGCCAGUAUACUUGUGGCUGAGCAAGAAGCCAGAAAUGAGCAAAACUCAAAGGUGAUUAUGGAAGCCACGAAGGAAAGGACAAAGAAGGAGAUAGAAGAGGAAGCAGAGAUGAAGGCUGUGGCUACAUCACCUGGUGGAAGAUUUCUGAAAUUUGACAUUGAGUUGGGAAGAGGAGCUUUCAAAACUGUCUUCAAGGGUCUGGACACAGAAACCUGGGUAGAAGUUGCUUGGUGUGAACUGCAGGACAGGAAGCUGACCAAAGCAGAACAGCAGAGGUUCAAAGAAGAAGCUGAAAUGCUGAAGGGACUACAACACCCCAACAUUGUCCGAUUUUAUGAUUCUUGGGAAUCAACUGUUAAAGGAAAGAAGUGUAUUGUAUUGGUAACUGAACUGAUGACAUCUGGAACAUUGAAAACGUAUUUAAAGCGUUUCAAACUCAUGAAGCCAAAGGUGUUGAGGAGCUGGUGCCGACAGAUUUUAAAAGGGCUACAUUUUCUGCAUACAAGGACUCCUCCUAUCAUUCAUCGUGAUUUGAAAUGUGACAACAUCUUCAUCACAGGACCUACUGGUUCAGUGAAGAUAGGGGACUUGGGACUUGCCACCUUAAUGCGCACUUCAUUUGCAAAGAGUGUUAUUGGAACUCCUGAAUUCAUGGCUCCUGAGAUGUAUGAAGAACAUUAUGAUGAGUCGGUGGAUGUCUAUGCUUUUGGAAUGUGCAUGUUAGAGAUGGCAACUUCUGAAUACCCAUAUUCUGAAUGUCAGAAUGCAGCUCAGAUCUACAGAAAAGUAACCAGUGGCAUUAAACCUGCUAGUUUUAAUAAGGUGACAGACCCAGAAGUAAAAGAGAUAAUUGAAGGUUGCAUUCAGCAGAACAAGUCUGAAAGGCUCUCCAUCAAAGACCUCUUGAACCAUGCUUUCUUUGCGGAAGACACAGGUCUCAGAGUGGAGCUGGCAGAGGAGGAGGAGGAGGGGCUGCAUUCCUCUUUGGCUUUGAGACUUUGGGUAGAAGAUCCCAAGAAGCUGAAAGGGAAGCACAAAGACAACGAAGCAAUAGAGUUCAGUUUCAAUAUGGAAACAGAUAUCCCAGAGGAAGUGGCUUGCGAAAUGGUGAAGUCUGGAUUCUUCCAUGACAGCGAUUCUAAAGCUGUGGCUAAAUCCAUUCGUGAUCGUGUCACCCUAAUCAAGAAGACUCGGGAGCAAAGGCAGGUGGGCAACCUGGAGGAAAGAAGGGACUCUCAAAGUCAGCUUCCAAGUGGACUGCCAUUACUUCAGCCGCAAGGCUCAUCCUUCACCCCACCUUCUCAGCAAAGCAAAACUGAGUGUGAGGAAACAGAGGUUGAUCAACAUGCCAGACAACACAUCCUUCAACAAAUGCAGCACAGCAUUUCCCUCACUGGUGACAACUUGUCUGAGGCAGGAGCAGGAGCAGUUAUACUGUCAGAUCCCUCUAGCCAACAUAAUCUGGCAUUUUCCACGGAACACAUGAUGGGCACUCAGCAAGUCCCCAAUCUCUCACAAACUGAAAACAGCAGUGUUCAAGGGCACAUAUAUACUUCUCAACAGCUAAUGGAGCAUUAUCAGUCCAAUGCAGGGGUGCAGCCCGCGUUGCCAACAAAUAUGGCUCACCCUGGUGUUUUACCAUUAAUCCAGACUCAGCCUUCAGGUCUACCUACUCACAAUUUGGCACCUCCUGCAACUCUCCAAGCCCAAACCUCUCCUCUUGCAGCUCAACAAUUCCCAUCAAGGAUGCCUCCAGAUUCACAGGUAUCCUACAAUGCAGAAAAUCAAGCUUUGGAUGGAUCCAUCAUGGGAGUUCCUCAGCAGAUGUUGACAAUAACUUCUCCUCAGAAUAUACCUGCCUCACAGGUGGGGAAUCAACACAUGCCAACAAGCAUGCAGUUAACCUCUGCUGCUAGACUUGGUAGUCAGGCUACAGCUGCUGUGGGAUCGGUGGAAUUAGAGACUGCUCCUGCCAAUUUGGUAUCUGCCAGUCAGUCCCCUGUGCUACAUGGGCAGCCUUCGGUUCAAUAUGUCAACAACAUACAAGUUCUUCAGUCAGUUCCACAAGGAGUUAGACUUAUUCAACAACCCAAGCAAGUUUCACAGCAGGUGCCAUCGACACAGCAAGCACAGCAAGUUCCUCAGCAGGUGGCAUCUAUGCAGCCAAGCCAGCAAAUGGUUCCACAAAUGACAUCAUCUUCACAGCAGGUUUCUCAGCAAAUUGCAGCUAUGCAGCAGAUUCCCCAGAAGCUAAUGACUAUGCAGCAAUCUCAGCAGGUAGCAUCUAUGCAGCCACCUCAACCAGGGGUGUCCUUGCAGCAACCACAGCAAAUUCACCAGCAAGGGAUGCCUAUGCAGCAGUCUCAGCAAGUUCCUCAACAAGCGACAUCUAUACAGCAAAGCCUAACUGUUCCACAUGUAGCUUCUACUCAGCAGAUUCUAGAGCAGCCUCAGAAAAUUUCCCAACAGUCGGCAUCCAUACACCAGCCUCCGCAAGUUCCUCAGCAAAUUCUCCAACAAGUGGCAUCAGUGCAGCAGCCCCAGCAGAAUCCUCAACAAGUAACAUCCACACCGCAGCCUCAUCUUAUUCCUCAGCAGGUUCCUCAACAAGUAACAUCCACACUGCAGCCCCAUCUUAUUCCUCAGCAGGUUCCUCAACAAGUGACAUCCAUACAGCAGCCACACCAUAUCCCUCAGCAGGUUCAACAGCAGGUGACACCUUUACAGCAAUCACAGCAAAGUCCUCAACAGGCAGCAGCCAUGCAACAACCUCAACAGGUUCCGCAGCAGGUGACAUCCAUGCAACAACAGCACAUUAUACAGCAGGUGACAGCCAUACAGCAGCCACAAGGUCCUCCACAGGCAGCAUCUAUACAGCAGCCACAGCAUAUUCUUCAGCAAGUUCCACAGCAGAUGACAACCAUACAGCAGCAACAACAACAACAAGGUCCUCAACAGGAGGCAUCUAUACAACAGCCACAGCAUAUUUUUCAGCACGUUUCACAACAGGUGACACCCAUACAACAGCCACAACAAGGUUCUCAGCAAGGAGCAUCCAUACAGCAACUACAGCAUAUUCCUCAGCAGGUGACACCCAUACAGCAGCCACAACAAAGUCUUCAACAGGUUCCACAGCAGGUGACUCCUAUGCAGCAACCACAACAAGGAUCUCAACAGGCCGUAUCCAUACAGCAGCCACAGCACAUUCCUCAGCAGGCUCCUCAGCAGGUGGCACCCAUACAGCAACCACAAGUAUCUCAACAGGCAGCAUCCACACAGCAACUACAGCAUAUUCCUCAGCAGGUGACAUCCAUACAGCAGCCACAACAUAUUUCCCAACAGGUGACAUCCAUACAGCAGCCACAACAUAUUCCCCAACAGGUGACAUCCAUACAGCAGCCACAGCAUAUUCCUCAGCAGGUCCCACAACAGGUGACACCCAUACAGCAGCCACAACAAGGAUCUCAACAAGCAGCAUCCAUACAGCAGCCACACCAUUUCCCCCACCAGGUGACAUCCAUACAACAGCAACAGCUUAUUCCACAACAGGUGACACCUAUGCAGCAACCACAACAAAACCCUCAACAGGUGGCCUCCAUACAACAGCCACAACAUAUUCUUCAUAUUCCACAGCAGAUGACAUCCACACAGCAGCCACAGCAGGUUCCUCAACAGGCAACAACCAUGCAGCAGUCCCAGCAAAUGGCAACUGUUCAGGCACAACAAGCAUCAUCUAUACAGCAGCCACAGCAAGUUCCACAGCAGAUGAUAUCUAUACAGCAGCCACAGCAAGGACACCCACAAGUUACACAACAGGUGGCAUCCGUGACUCAACCCCAGCAUGCUCCUCAGCAAGUUCUCCAGCAGGGGACAUCAAUGCAAAUGGCACCAGGGCUGCAAUCUCAGCAAGUUGCCAAUCAGCAGAUUGGAUCCCUGCAGAUUCCACAGCAGGUAGCCUCCAUGCAGCAAGUUACACAGCAUGGGGCCUCCUCGCAGCAACCUCAGCUGGUUUCCCAACAGGUGGCAUGUGGGCAGCCAACUUCACAAUCUCAACAUACUGCACCCGUUCAUCAGGUCUCUGCUGUACCACAACAAAUGACACUGAUGCAGCAGGUCUCACAUUGCCCAGAAAUAUCCCUAGAUACUUUGGGGCCUCAACAAGAACAGCAAAUGACUCAGAUACACCAUUCUACAAAUCAGCAUCCUUGUGUAAUGCAACAUACGUUAUUUCACAUGCCUCCACAACAGCAGAAAGAAGAGCAGUUUGUUCUCUCUUCUGAUUCCAAAGAUCCAUUGCCAGCUGUCUCUCAGCAAGACAUGGAAAAGCAUCAGCAAUCUGAAUUCUCAGGUUCAAUUUCAGAAAAGGAGGCUUAUUCCAUCCAGACCCAGUAUCAGUUGCAAAUCCAGGAACAAAUGAUAUACCCAGCACAAUCCCCACACAACCCACCAGUUUCAGAGCAGCUGCAACACCAAGUAGAGCCAACUAACCAGCUGCAGGAUCCAGAGCAAGCCGCAUGUCAGAUGCAUGUCACUUAUACAGCACAGGGUUCAAAUCAGGCGCCUUGCCCAGAGCCAUUGAUUUAUGCAGCUUCUGGAGUAUAUUCAGGACAUUCUUUGGACCAGUCAGCGUAUGUUUAUCAAGGGCAGGCAGCAUAUAUAACUCAACCAACCUAUAUGGCUCAACCUCCAGAGAUUCAGCAAGCUCAUUUAGCAGUACGGAAUACUGAUCAGUCAAGUUUUGCUGUGCAUUCACCUGAUCAGUCAUUACACCUGUCAAAGGAUGGAGAUGCUGGCAACCUGGAAUUGCAGAUUGGUUCUACACAGUCCACAAAAACUCAUCCUUACCCUUCUGAGCCACAUCUGCCGGAACCAACAGUAUAUCUUAUUCAGCAAGAUUCUAGCAUGGGCCACCAGCAGCUGCACCCACCACAUGUGGCACAUAAAAUUGCAGAAGGACAACAGUCAGGGCCACAGGCACCUUUUGCCUCAUCUCAGCCAUCUUUCACACCACAAAUGCAAUCACAAUCUCCUUAUCAGGAGUUUAGCCAGCAACCUAUUACUCAGCCGCAGAAAGCCACAAUCCCUCAGUCUGCCCUUGAUACAUUACAGACCGUAACUUCUGUAUCAGAACAGUCAGAACAAGUUUAUACAAUGCAACAAUCUUUGGAUGUGUCAGGACUGUUGAAUCAUGCUCCUCUCCUCCAACAGUCUCAGACGUUUCAACCAAUUGACAAUAACCAACAGUUUAUUCCUCCACCAAUACCAGCAUACAUUCAACAGCAGCCAGUAUGUCAGAACUCAGUUUUAACUGCAGAAUUGAUUGUCCAGGAGCAGAUUCCUUUUAAGAAUUCUAUGGCAGCUUCUUUGAACCAGCAAACAGCAUUUAUUGCUGUGAAUGAACCAAACCAAGAGUAUCAUCAAGGACAAGACAUUCCACAGGUUUCCAUCUCAGUAUCAGAUGAACAUGAACAUCAGCCAGCAGUUCAAAAACAAGAGUCUAGUCAAGGCUUGGUACAGGACCUUCCAAAGGAAGGUGUGACUGGCUGUGACCUUCCAUGUGGAAAUGGAAAACAAGAUAAGAGCAAACAGAGAAGGACCUCAUGUGCCCGAUCAGAGAAGGGAACCAAAUUUCAACUCACAGUACUGCAGGUAUCAACAUCUGGAGACAAUACUGUUGAGUGCCAACUGGAAACACAUAACAACAAGAUGGUUACAUUUAAAUUUGAUGUUGAUGGAGAUGCUCCAGAGGACAUCGCUGAUUACAUGGUUGAAGAUAAUUUUGUAUUGGAAAAUGAGAAGGAUAAAUUUGUUGAUGAGCUGAGAGCUAUUGUUUGCCAGGCUCAAGACAUCAUUUCUAGUCUUCCUAUUGAAGAGCGAGCCGCUGGCAUGGAAUCUGCUCCUUCUGAUCCAAACAACUGCCAAACAGGAUCUUCUGAACAAGUUCAGAUAAAUCCAGCAUCUACUCAAAGUGGCAGUGAUGCUGCUCCCCAGUCAUCCCCUGUUGGCCGCUGGAGGUUUUGCAUCAACCAAACAAUAAAGAACAGAGAAACCCAGACGUCUUAUAUCCCAGUACAGUCAAUGAAAACUUUUCAAGGAUGUCAGACAACAGAUUACAUAAAGGAAAGUACAAAAGAAGAGACACCCAAAGAUUGUUCACAACCUGUGGACAAUCUCAAUAGCCAACAUAAGCCUAGCCCUUCUUUCAGUUCAGAAGAUUUGACAAGUGACAGUGUGAUAUUUGAACCCCAAAUUUUGGAACCUGACCUUUCAACCCUUUCUCUUGAAGCAGAAGGCAGCACAGAUAAAUUACCAUCUGCCUCUACAGGGGACAAUACUGAUGUUACUACUUACGAUUCAGAAGCUUGGCUGGACCCUUUGCCAGCAGAGACUCAGUAUAAUGGAGCUCCCCUAUCUUCAUAUGUACCUCAUCCAGCAUCUGUUGUGAAUGAGUUGAAUUUGUCCACAGAAGCCUUUGAAUCCACAUCAAUGUCUUGUCAGACCUCGAUCACUGAGGAAGCAGAACAUGUAAUAAAUGCUGAGCAAGCAGCUGCUUUGGCCCAGACUCCAAGUCAGGAAGGAAUUGCCUCCUCAUCUAUUCUGGAAUCAGACAGUGAGGGUCCCCCUAAGAUCGAUUUUGUUGACAACAACAUCAAAACUCUGGAUGAAAAGCUGCGGACACUUCUGUAUCAGGAGCACAGCUUGUCAGGCACUUCUCCAGAGAGCCAAAAAGACACACAGAGUGCAGUGGAGUCUCCAUUUUCCUCAUCUGCUGAAGAUACUUUUCCCUGCCCUGGACCUGAAACACAAGACACUAAUUCCCCCCAAGAAACCGAUCCCCAAGCUGCACUCAUUCCAUCCGGAAGUCAUCCUGAUAGCUUGCCAGUGAUGAGGCAAGAGGCCAGAGUUAUUACCUCUGCUCCCAGGGAUUUCUGCGGACAUGAGAUGUCCUUGGAGGCUUCAUUUCCUGAGAAUCCUGUGGCUUGUCCUGCUUCAGAAUCAAGUGGUGGAGCUGUGCACCUGCAUGCAGGAGGUGGAUAUUUUGGCCUAAGCUUUACUUGCCCUAGUCUCAAAAACCCUAUUAGCAAGAAAUCCUGGACUCGCAAAUUAAAAAGCUGGGCAUACAGGCUACGGCAGACCAGCUUUUUCAAGAGAUCAAAAGUCCGGCAAGCAGAGGAGAUGACGGUUGAUGUUGCUUCUGACUGGAUUUCUCUUUCUGAGCAAGCAACCAGAGAGAAUAAAGCAUUUGGUCAUGCUAAAUCUGUAGGUGGAUCAUUCCAGCGAGGCAGAUUUCAGGUCAUCACAGUUCCACAACAGUUGUCCACAGGUGUUUCAGAAAGUGAACUCUCUGAGAUGUCUCCUUCCUUGGAACUUGGAACAGAAGAAGGCUGCCCCAGAGGAACAGAAAUGGCUAUCUUGCCCAGUGCCCUGGGUGAAACAGAUGCAUGUUGCACCACCUCUGAACAACAGGAAGUGGAAGAAACCUCUGCUACUGCAAGCAGUGUGCAGUCCUGCUCAGAGCCAUGGUCUAAAGGUGAUGUGAUCCAGAAGCAGCCUAGUUCUGACAGUGAACUUUCUGCACCCAUGGGUGGUGGCAGCAUAGAAGGCUGGGAGUCAAACCAGCAGUCUCAAGAGGAAAGGGGCAGCACCCACCCAAAGAGGCGUAGUUCUCUUUUUUACUCGGCAUCUUCUCCAAUGAGUAGUGAUGAUGAAUCUGAAAUUGAAGAUGAGGACCUGAAAUUGGAGCUACAGCGUUUGCGGGAGAAGCACAUCCAAGAAGUAGUCAGCCUGCAAGCUCAACAGAACAGGGAGUUGCAGGAGCUAUAUGAACGUCUUCGCUCCAUCAAAGAUAGCAGGUCAGAAUCCUCUGACUUCUCCCUGCAACUGUCAUCCCCACGGCGGCCUAAAUCUUUCAAAAGCAAGCUGCGCAGCCGGCCACAAUCUCACUCUCAUGUCGACAAUGGCAUUGUUGCUGCUGAAUGCUGUUGUGCAACCACUGCUGCCUCUGUGAUUGACUAUCAGUUGAGCAUUCAAGCCCAUUUGCUGCAUCAAAGCUGUUCACAAGCAGAAAGUAACCAAGAACAACUCUGCAUCGUGAGUAGCACUGCCUCUUGUCAGCAGACAACAGCCAGUAAAAAAGGAAUGUUCACGGAUGAUUUGCAUAAACUGGUAGAUGACUGGACUAAAGAAAAGGUGGGAAACUCCCUCAUCAAGCCAAGCCUCAAUCAAAUCAAACAGAACAAGCACCGGCUGGAUACUGACAGCUGGAGCAAAGUAUAUGAGACAACAGCAUCUACUGUGGGCUACACCUCCACAUGGAUUUCCUCACUUUCCCAGAUCCACGGGACUGUACCAGCUGCUUUACCCCAAGGACUUCCCCUGUCACCCUUUUCUGGCACACUAUCGCCAUAUGGAAUACCACAUUUGUGCCAGUAUAACACCAUCGCAGGAACAACUUACCCAGUGCAAUGGAUGGGCAUUUCUGGGACAACUCAACAAUCUGUCGUGGUCCCUGCCCAGACAGUGGGACCCUUUCAACCAGGGAUCAGCAUGCCAGCAUUUCCAGCAUCACCCGUGCAAAACCCAGCUCCCAUUCCCCCAAGUCCCAAAUGAAGAUGGAUAGCAAAAGAAUGCUAGAUAUGGGGACUGUGCCUAUCUCUCAUGACUCCAUUCCUCUGCCUUGCAUUCUGCUGCCUGGAUUUGGAGGUGAAUUCCCCAGUGCAGUGAUGUGGGAAUGGUAGGAGAUUGUCUUUGCAUUCUCCUCUUUGAAUACUUGAUUUCAUUUUCUUUAGGGGAUUUUUUUAAGUACUUGAGAGAGCUUUGGCCUGUACAUCUCUUUGUUCCUGAGAUGGCCAGUAUGCCAUGUGCUGCUUAUUAAUAAGCCUUCCCUGUCAUUCCUGCCCCAUAUCCAUUGUUUGCUUUUGUGACAACUGUUUUUUGAAGUUGGUAGUAUCUCUUCUUGGAUUAUACACUUACUAGCAUUUGAACUAAUUUACAGAAUGGAAGGGAUCAGCAGAGAAGAAUGACAUUUAUAUUCACAUUAUUGUUAUGUUUCCAUUUAGUUUCAUUGGCAGCUCAGACUACAGGCUAACUAAGGAUUAAAAAAAAUAUUUGAUUUUAGUUUGUUUAGUUGAAUUCUAUCGUGAACUCUUCCUUCCUCUGUCCCAGAGAUAGGACUUUUGGAAGUGAAGCACUCCUGAAAGAUGAGGCAUACAGUUGCUGCCUUCUCUUUGAUUUGGGAAAGCUGUCCUGGACAAUUCAGAACUAUUUGUAGAAUGCAACUAGAUGUCCUUACACACAUUGUAUUCCGUAGUUACAUUGGAAUGUUGGCCUGGUUUAUUGUACCUGUGUUGGGAAUCUUGAGUUUUUUAAAAAAGUUAUUUUGCAGCUGAUACAAAUCUUA